AUGGUGUCUCUCUCCAACACUUCGCUGGCAAUUCUGUUCGCUAUCAGUGCCACCUCGACGAAUGCCGACAAUCUCCGCCACGAAUCGCGCAACUUACAGGCGUACUCAACGACGACCCAGUACGCCGCUUCCAUGUUGGCAAGCGUGAACGCACAACGUGCUGCCCAGGGACUCCCUGCACUCUGUUUGAACACUAAACUGAUGGCGGCGUCAAUGCGUCACUCGACUGACAUGGCCGCGAAGAAUUUUGUAAGCCACACGGGCUCUGACGGGUCUACCAUGUCGAUGCGCGUCACUGCUGCAGGCUACAAAUGGACCAGAGUGGCUGAAAACGUUGCUGCCGGUCAAUCGAGCAUCGCUGCUGUCAUGACUUCCUGGAUGAAUUCAGCCGGUCACCGCGCCAACAUUUUGGGCGACUACACCAUGUUCGGCACUGCGUAUGCCUACAACAGUGGCAGCACGUACAAGCAUUACUGGACGCAAAACUUUGGCAAGGGCAGCACCGAGUCGUGCAGCUACGAAGAUGUCGAGUACGAGGAUGCACCGACUCCAACUCUAAAUUCGACGACGGAUUCGGAUAACUCGACGGUGGUGCUUCCCAACGAGCCAGCCCCGGAGGACAGCAAGACCGCUCUGUAAAGCACUACGAGAGGUACUAAAGUGAGCAGACAAGAAAGAGAAGAGUAGGUAUGAGCUGCUACGCUAACAAUUAUUAACAGUAAAGCUAAGAUUUACUUUAAAAACCCAGUAUCUUCAAUCUAGCUCCAAAACACCAGCA